CUUGAAAAUUGCUUCCACAACUACAGCUUUUAAAUACCCCCGUCAGCCUCCCGAGCCAGAACAUCCUAUUGCCAGUUGCCACGUCCCGUUUCAACCCACCCCCUAAAUCCAAUCCCUACUUUCCCUGUCGUGUGGUUCUAUCAAAUCGUCCCUCCGGAUAACUUUGUCCAAGAUUCCAUUAACUUCGAAGUUUCAUAUUUCAAAGCCCUUGCUUCCACGUUCCUCCUCUGUUGUCGUUGCUGUUCCUCUUGUUUUCCGUCGCUCUAUCCCUUUCCUUCAAUAAAUUAUGUGUUUCCAAUGAGAAGAAUACAAGUAUUGGGGUUAUUGAAUAAUGACAGAUAUUCAGAUUAUCGAGACCGAGGAUGCCACCUCUGCAACGACGGCGGUGAAUUUGUUCGGAAAAUACGAACUGGGAAAGCUGCUGGGUUACGGGGCCUUUGCCAAGGUAUACCACGCGAGAAACUUAUGUACAGGACAGAGCGUUGCGAUCAAGGCGGUGAGCAAGCAGAAGGUUCUCAAAGGAGGGCUCACGGCGAAUAUUAAACGGGAGAUCUCUAUCAUGCGCCGGCUGCACCAUCCUCAUGUCGUCAAGCUCUUUGAGGUCCUAGCAACCAAGUCCAAGAUCUACUUCGCCAUGGAGUUCGCCAAAGGCGGCGAGCUCUUCGCCAAGGUCGCCAAGGGACGUUUCAGCGAGGAUCUUAGCCGUCACUACUUUCAGCAGCUGAUCUCUGCCGUCGGAUACUGCCAUUCUCAAGGCGUCUUUCACCGGGACCUGAAGCCGGAGAAUCUCCUCCUUGACGAUAACUGGAACCUGAAGGUCUCCGAUUUCGGACUCAGCGCCGUGAACGACCAAAUCCAACCCGACGGUCUGCUCCACACGCUUUGCGGAACGCCGGCUUACGUGGCCCCCGAGGUUCUCUCCAAGAAAGGCUACGAUGGUGCGAGGGUGGAUGUAUGGUCAUGCGGCGUCAUCCUGUACGUGUUAAACGCCGGUUACUUGCCGUUCAACGACCAAAACCUCAUGGUGAUGUACCGGAAAAUCUACAAGGGAGAGUUUCGGUAUCCGAAAUGGACGUCUCCAGAUCUACGCCGCUUCAUAUCGCGCCUACUCGACACGAACCCCGAGACGAGAAUCACGGUGGAUGAGAUCAGGCGGGACUCUUGGUUCCAGAAGGGGUACAAAGAGAUAAAGUUCCACGUUGGUAUUGACGACGAUUUCGCCCUUAAGGAUUACGGAGGCGAUGUGAACGCCAAGUACGUUAAUGCUUUCGAUCUGAUCUCGUUCUCAUCCGGUUUCGACCUGUCUGGUUUGUUCAGCGACUCCGAGAUCUCAGUCCAGCGGGAGAUUUUCAUGUCGAAGGAAACACCGGAGAGGAUAAUUGAGACAGUAGGUGAGAUUGCUGAGGCGGAGAACGUGAAGGUGACGAAAAAGGAGUGGGGGGUAAAGCUUGAGGGGCAGGAUGGUUAUUUCGUGGUGGCUAUUCAGGUUCACCGGUUAACGGAUCAUAUGGUUGUUGUUGAGAUCGCGAAGAAGGAAAGAAAUGAUGGAUCUUGCCGACAAAUUUGGAAAGAAAAGUUGAGGCCACGGCUCGGUGAUUUGGUCUAUCAACCGCAAGUGCUGGUGCCCCGUGAUGGCCUGGAUUCUUUGUAAUUUUGUUUGGAGUAUAAUUAUUCUUCUACAAAUUAUCAACUAUAUAUAUAUAUAAAAGGUUAUUUUUGUCUUAAA